AGACAUGCAGUAGAAGCAUGGCCAUAGCCAUAAGCCCAUCAACAUUCCCUUAUUCAAUCCAAUCUCAUUCCGCAAAUAUCUUGUAUAUGCAUAUGUAUUUUUGUCUCCCUAUUCCUUCCGUUACUAAUUUAAGAACAUUUUAAUCUUAUUUUCAUGUGUUGGUUGAUUGGGCGUUAAUUUUUUUUUUUAUUUUUUUAAGAAUAGAUAUAUUUAUUGUUCGAGUAAAAGAGAAAAAGGGAGAGGGUGUGGGAGGUUAAAAGGAGGGGAAAGAAAAACCGAGUCCGAUUAGUGUGCGGAAUUUAAGGGUCAAAGCAUGGAAGGGCGGAGAGUGGUCGCAGGACGUCAGAGUUGGCUGAGGGUGUGUUACGCAUGCCCAAUUCAUCGCAUCCAUAAUUCCUUUUUCGCCUUUAAUUUGCCUAUUAAUACUCGCCCCUUUCCCUGCUUUUGAUUUGUGAAGUUACUGUCAAUUCUCACACACAUAUCCCAUCCGCCAUGGCCGACAUUGAGCUGGAAUCCAACAAGUCCAACACUUCUCACAAUCUCCACCUCUGUUCCCAGACCAUCCUGAGAGGCUUGGUGAUUGCCUCCACAUUGGCCGCCGCCUGGCUCAUGCUCACCGCCAAGCAAUCCGUCAUCGUUUUUGGCAUCCCUUUGGACGCCCGAUACAGCUACUCCCCUGCUUUCAAGUUUUUUGCUUUGGCUAAUGCUAUUGCAUGUGGCUUCUGUUUUCUCUCCGUCCUCCUCCUCUUCGUAUUAAGUCAUCGUUUACACAAUCAACCAAACUACAUCUUGUUCCUCCACGAUUUGUUGAUGAUGGUACUGGUGGCGAGCGGGUGCGCGGCCUCGACGGCGAUCGGGUACGUGGGGAAGUACGGGAAUAGCCACACCGGGUGGUCACCCAUCUGUGAUCAUUUUGGCAAGUUUUGCAAUCGCGUCACCACUUCCGUUGCCAUCUCUUAUUUGGCCGUCAUCUGCCUCCUCAUACUCACCAUAAUCUCUGCAACCAAAUCUGCCUCAAACAACAAUAAUGCCCACUAGCACUAUUAUAUAUAUUUAUUAGAUCAUUACAACAUUGGUAUUCAAGAUGGCAUUGGAUAUUUUAUCAACGUACGCAAUAACAACAACAACAACAACACUACUUGAUCACAAAUCCUGCAGGUAUCCUUGUAUAUCUACGUACGUUGUUCUCUCUCUCCCAAAGGGGAAUCUGUACAACGCAACGGAGGAGCUGUGUGUCCGUCGUCACCGUCUACAACUACGUGGUAAUGUAAUCUGGUCCUGUGGGCCUGUACGUUACGUUUAACUUUGUGUGCUGUAUCAACAUCGUCGUAUUACUCAACCAAGAAAAACAAAAAAACAUGGCCACUGACAACACAAAAUGCAAUACAACGUGUAACGUGUCUGUCAACUCUUCAUAUUGGGAAUUAAAACUCAUGUCUGCAUUUCCUCUUUCUUUGUCA